AUGGUGCUGACGUCCAACGAACCUGCGGUGAAACUGCCCCUGCUGACGACCAAGGAUGAGAGCGACACCACCUGGCAGGUGCCAGAGGGCCAUGAUUCGUUGACCGGCCUGGAAGUGACGUUAGGGGACUUCCGAGCUCUUCACAAGCGCAAGUUCGGCCUGGACGUGGAGGAUGUGGAGGACGAUAGGGAGGGGCACGCGGAGGAGGUGUCUGAGGCCCGGUGCGAUCGCAAGCUCGGCGUGGACGAGGAUGACGUUGGCGAGGGCCUGUUCGAGCACGCCGACGGCACCAAGCGGCAGGCGGCCGAGUUCUCGAUCGAAUAUGUGUACGAGGCCGAUUGUGUGACCCUCGCUCUGGUUCUCGCUUGCAUGUUGCUAGAGUCCGCUCGAUCCCAGGGGGGGCCCAAGAACGACCCAGAGCUGGCGGAUAGCAUGGACAUUCUCGGCCUCGGUGCCUCCGAGCCGGGGGGCCAGGCCGAGAAGGAGGAGGAGGUCGUAGAGACGGAGGAGGUCGAGGACGAGGUGGAGGUGGUCGUUGAAGGAGUCGUGGAGGGAAUCGUGGAGGAGGGCGCCGACGACAUCGAGGAGGUGGAGAGCUUCGCGACGGCGGCGGCGGGCCCGGACGGGCACGAGGGCGUGCACGAAGACGCCGACGGUUCCAGGAGGCACGUGCUGGAGGGCCACAGGGAGCUGAGGGGCUUGGAGGCGCGCCUGGAUGACCUGAACGUCCUGUACAAACGCAAGUUUGGCGUGGACGUGGGCGAGGACGAACGCGAUCCCAGCGAGCAGCACAUCGCAGUCGUGGAGGGCCCCUCCUACGAGCGAGACGCGACCGUCCUGAUCGUGCCAACGGCGUGCACGGAGCGGCUGCCGCAGCCUGCGGCGGCGGGUCAGGCAGCCAGGCUGAAGGCCGUUCCGUGCACGAUGUUCGGGGAGGCUGGCGCGCUGGAGGCAGAGGUGAGCAUGCCGAACGGGAAGGUGUUGAAUGAGAUGGACGCGCUGGUCGCGAUGGAGAGCUUGCCGGUCGUGUUGGAGAGUUGCCAGCUGCUAAGACGAGCGAGCCAGACGAGCUGGAUAAGCUGCCUGAAGCCGAGGUGA